GAUAUUUUAUAUUCUACCAUCUGGGUCUUCAACAUAUUCAAUUAAUCUUUCAAGUGCCUCCUUUUUCUUGAAUUUUCACCAUUAAAGUUUCAACCUUUUUAGGGUUUUCAAUAAGGGGAUCUUUAGCAAUUCAUUGGGUUGUUUUAGUGCUAAUUUUGAAACCCAUUUGUGGGUUUUAUUUGAUUUGAUUAUCUAGCAAGUGGGGUUGACCGUUUGAGCUUUUUUCCAUGAGAAUUAAGCUCCGCAGAACAUGGAAAAUUCAAAUGGAACAACGAAGAACAACCUCCAGAUUAUCAAGUAUCCAACUUACCAACCGUACGCGUAUACAAAACCAUUAUUAGCUUGGUUUGAUAUACGUGUGUUCUAUGUUCGGAUUAGCAAUUUUAUGGUGGAAGGCUACAUUCCGGAAUAUCUCACUCUAAGUCAUAUACCAUUAGACCCCGAUACCAUUCUUGAAGUCAACAGUAAAAGAUGCAGCCUUGACUCCGCAGGAAGCUCAUGUCGCCUCAAAAGAAACCGAGUUGAUAAAAAGUUUGAAGAAGCUACAUUUGUUAGCACAGAUAGUAUAAGAAUAUCGGGGAGUGUCAAAUUUGAGGUUUUUGAUGGUGAAGAUCUUAUUCUUUCUGGAGUUUUGGAGAUGUCUAAGAAUAGCAAUGGUUACGUUGGUAAACCAAAGAACAGCGAUGUUGAGAGAUGGACUAUGACAUGUGAAUCUAUGAUUGGUGCCAACACGCGUAUUAUCAAGGGGAAACAAAUCAUGGGUUCUGAGUCAAUGUUACCUAUGAUUGAAGUUUAUGUUGCGGGAUCCUUUCUGGGUGAACCUGUUAUCUUGACCAAGACUUUGCAGAUUAGUCUCAGAAAAAAGCAAAACCGAAAAGGGACAUUGGAUCCCAUACCUGAGGGUGAGACAGCUGCAUCUCAGAGAAACAUUGGAUAUGGACCUAAUCUUGAUCUUCAGGAACCAGAUUACGAACCUUACAAGAACGAAAAUGACUAUGACUUCCACAAUGGCCUUGCUCAUUAUAGCCAAAAUGAGUACAUGGAAGGGGAAGAUGGAGAACUCACAUGGUUCAAUGCUGGUGUGAGGGUUGGUGUUGGUUUAGGUCUUGGAAUUUGCCUUGGGGUUGGAAUUGGAGUUGGUCUUCUAGUUCGUACUUAUCAAUCUACAACCCGUAACUUCAGAAGACGGCUUUAGAAACUUUUCAUAUGAAGCUCCUUUUUGUUUUUUCUUGCUUGAUGAUAUGUUAUAGAGUGUGUUGAUAGUCGAUUGGAAUGGUAAAACCACAGACAUGAAACUUCUGAGUAAUGAUUUUGUUUAUUGAACUUGUAAUCGUUUGACGUAAA